CACGCAUGAAGAAAACAUGGAGCUGUUUGUAAUUUCGCCAGAUUUGAAGUUUAAUAAUCUUACUGUCGCUCCGGACUCGACUGUCAGCGACCUUAUCGAUCAUUUUACCGUUAAAAAUGGUGUAUCUUUGACGGAUUUCUACGUGAGCAGUAAUGGCCGUUUGUCUCGCAGUAAUGACCUGCUUCAGUCUGGAGUUGUGUAUCGUCUGGAGCCCCGGCUGUGUGGAGGAAAAGGAGGAUUCGGCUCCAUGUUGAGAGCUCUCGGUGCGCAAAUUGAAAAGACCACAAAUCGUGAGGCCUGCCGAGAUCUGAGUGGAAGAAGACUUCGAGACGUCAAUCAUGAGAAAGAAAUGGCGGAAUGGUUGAAAAAGCAGGCGGAUCGAGAGGCGGAGAAGGAGCAGCGUCGCCUGGAGCGGAUUCAGAGGAAACUGGCUGAGCCCAAACAUUAUUUCACAGACACCAAUUAUGAGCAGCAGUGCCAUGACCUCUCAGAGAGACUGGAGGACUCUGUGCUCAAAGGCAUGCAGGCUUCCUCUAGCGGUCUCGUUCAGGCGGACGAGGGUCCGAGCCUCAAGCGCGCAAAUCCAACAGACAGUAAAAAGAAAGCCAAGAAGAAAUGUUACUGGACCGGCAUGGCAGGGCUAGAGGAAAUGGCCAGCUCUAGUGAAGGAAGUGAUGACAGCGACAGUGAAGUCUCUCCGUCUACCUCUGGAGCUUCCUGUAGUUCUGGUUUUCCUAAACCAGUCGUUUCAGCUCAUAAAGCAGACCCCCAGGAGCAGCCCUCUUCCUCAAGUCCCGCACAGAGAAAACACAACCAGGAGGAGCUGCAGAAACGGGACAAGGAGGAGUGUACAAGUGAAAUCAGCAGCUCUUCCUCCAGUCCUGCUGCAAACAAUGAAAAACUCAACCAGGAGGAGACCAAUGAAAUCAGCAGCUCCUCCUCCAGUCCUGCUCCAAAGCCUACAGAAGUCAACCAGCAGGAGAUGGAGACUGAGAUGGAGUGUACAGCUCAAAUCAGCAGCUCGUCUUCAAGUCCUGCUGAACACAGCGAGGAGGAGGUGCAGCAGACGGCUGAGAGGGUGGAGAAGAUGGCUGAGGAGGUGCAGAAGACGGCUGAAGAGGUGCAGAAGAAAACUGAGGAGUCUACAGCUGAAAUCAGCCCAAGCAGCAGCAUCCCUGAGGAGAAAUCACAGGUUCUUUCACAGGUUGAGGAUCCGCUGGAUCUGCUUUCUGUGAGUGGGCCGGAGCAGCUGGAGGCUUUGGGUCUGGAGAGGCUGAAGAAGGAGCUGAUGGAGAGAGGGAUGAAGUGUGGAGGAACACUGCAGGAACGAGCUGCGCGUCUGUUUUCUGUUAAAGGACUGACCCCUGAUCAGAUUGAUCCUUCACUCUUGGCCAAACCCAGCAAGGGCAAGAAGAAAUAGCAGUCCAAAUCCACUGCUGUGACGAAAAAUUGUUUGAGAAAUUUAUUAGUCAUCAAUUCUGAGAUUUAAAAAAUGUAUCGCCGUUUAAUUUGAGGUUAGUUUUUAACACAGAUGGCGCUGUGUGCUUUACAAACACUACUCAAAGCUAAGUUUGGGAAGUUUUUUCCUAGUUUGGGAAGGUUUAUGUGGAUUUCAAGAGUGUCAAUAGUGGGCUGUAUUUACGUUAAUCUUGUGACAAGAGCCGACUUGCAUUACAUGCUAAACACUCAAGGGCUCAAAAGUUUUUGAGUGUAUAGAUAAACUAGCCCAGAGCACUGUCUGCUGUUUUUAAAACUAGCCUAGAGUUCUGUCUGCUAAUAAAAACUAGCCUAGAGCACCGUCUGCUAAUAAAACUAGCCUAGAAUGCCGUCUGUUAAUAAAAACUAGCCUAUAGAACAACUUGUUAAAAAAAAAAAAAAAAAAA